AGGCAUUGAGGCUUUCCACAAGUCCUCUCAAUGUGAGAGAGAUGAAGUCAUCAGGCGGUGGAAGGCCCGCAGUUGUCCCCAGAAGCAGCAACCUUGAAUCGUUUUCCACUUCGGAGCGUAAUGAUCCAACUCGAUCCGCUAUUUGCUGGAAAGGCUCCGUAGUGUAGCGGGAUGUCCCGUCCUACUACAAAGUCCAUUCGGCUACUUCCGCACACUGUUUCUGGCGGUUUGACGGGCAUGCUGUAUGCUGUACUAACAUUGAAAGUAGAUGUCCCAACAUCUCCACCAAAAGUCUUUCGGCGCGGCUUCUAUUUACGGUCCGUUCCGAUACACGAGACGGCGGGCAGCCAUUCACUAGCUUCGGAGUUACCAUUAUCACCCUUGGGUCUUUCAGAAUUGUCUAAAUAUUUGAUGCAAAUUAUGGAGUAUUACUUAGCGCUACAAGAUACCUGAAUGUUAUUGAUUCUCACUUUAUGUUAAAAAUUCAAGACGCUUAAUGUGACACGCUGAAAGAAUCCAACACCCGACAUGUAAUUGAGAU